CUACUGCGGACUGAGCUACGGUAGCUGCUAAGCUUUUGUUUCUCGCAAAGUUACGGCUGCAGUUGUCACUAGUCAGUUUCGGCUUCUGAAUCGUUUGGGUGUCCAAAAAGCGAGACUGUAUCCUUUCCCCAUGGGUGCAAUCGCUUUGCCGGCCUUUGCUCUUGUUUUAUUGCGUACUUUUGUCAGGGGCGGUGGCACACGUACACCUGUACCGGUACCGUACGUGCGCACCUAACGUUACACGUCGCCUGCCGCCAGUUGGCUGGAAGGGCAUUCGUUGUUCCUACAGGUGUUUCAUUCCUCCAUGCUUCAACAGGCCAACUUCAUUGACAGUAACAUGUUUGAAGCUGACUCGCAUCUUAUUUCUUCACUUCACGACGCUAGAAUAAAACACACGAAGUUAAAGACUGAACCAUGUUGCGUGUCCGGUCACUAUCACAUCAUCUGAGUGGUUGCCUGAGAUUCCUCAAGUGCCACACACCUGCUGCCCAGUCCGUAGGCCUAGUUCACAUUAGGUAUCGUCAUGCCAGCGCGGGGUCAACCGAGCAAAGCCAAACAGUCGAUGCCGUCCCUCAGCAGGCUCGGGUGGUGAUCUGCGGAGGGGGCAUAGCGGGCUUAUCGGCUGCCUACAACCUGGCCAAACUGGGGCUGACCGAUGUGGUGCUUCUAGAACAAGGGAGCUUCACCUGUGGAACGACAUGGCAUGCUGCAGGGCUAGUUGGCCUCAUCAGGAAACACAACUUGGUUUUUGCCCUAUCCAAAAUGAGCGCCAACCUGUAUGAAACAUUGGAGGAAGAGACGGGACUUAGCACAGGAUACAGGAAAACGGGAUCUGUCAUGCUGGCCCAGACCAAGGAUCGCAUGAUAGACCUCAAGAGAAAUGCCGCCUUAGCCAAGACACGGAAUAUAGAUCACACACUGCUGGCACCCUCGGAGGUCAAUUCCAUUGUGCCGUGGGUCAGAACUGAUGACCUUGUGGGGGCUUUACAUGUGCACGGUGAUGGUAUAACCGACCCGACAAACACAGCACUGUCUCUGGCCAGAGGUGCCAAGAAUCGAGGUGUCCAGCUUUUGGAAGGAGUCCAAGUCAAGGGCGUGCUGUCAGAGAAUGGCAAGGUCUCUCAAGUUCAGACAUCCCUGGGUGAUAUCAAAUGUGAAUACUUUGUCAAUGCGGCCGGACAGUGGGGACGAGAUGUAGGUCUGAUGAGCCAGCCAGAAGUCAACGUUCCAGUGCACUCCACUGCACACGGAUAUCUGAUCACCAAAUCGCUACCUGGGCUUGAUGUCAAAACUCCAUAUGUAAGGGAUGUAGAUAGUUAUAAUUACAUUCGGGAAUGGAGCGGGGGUCUGAUGUGUGGGAUGUUUGCCCCUAAUGCUAAACCCAUCUUCCAUGAGGGGAUUCCUGAGAAGUCUGCAUUCAUCUCCCUUGCUGAGGACUGGGACCACAUUCAGUAUCACCUGGAUGGUUUCCUUCACCGGGUCCCGGUGGCAGAGAAGAUGGAGGUCAGACAGCUGUUUGUGGGGGCCGAGUGUUUCACCCCCGACCUCUUGUUCUUAUUCGGAGAAGUUGCAGAGAUGCGGAACUACUACCUAAUGACAGGGUUCAACUCCCUUGGUAUAACCAUGUCUGGUGGCUUGGGUCAACUCUUGGCCGAACUGAUCGUUCAUGGCGAGACUUCCCUGGGGCACUGGCCAGUCAACCCUCAGCGCUUCUCUCCUCUUCAGAACAACAAGGCGUACCUCAGAGACAGAGUCACAGAAAUUGAAGGGACCAACUACAAGCUCAUGUAUCCUCACAACCAGUACAAGACAGGAAGAAAGCUACGCUGUACCCCACUGUAUGCCAGGCUAGCCCAGGCAGGGGCGGUGUUUGGAGAAAUGAUGGGGGUGGAGCGACCCAAAUGGUACAUGGAAGAGGGAGACACAGAGGAAUUCGUGGAGGACGUUCAGCGAGGGACGUUUGGCAAGCCAGGCUGGUUUGACAUGGUCAAGGCUGAGUACUGGGCCUGCCGGGAGUCAGUCUGCGUCAUGGACAUGUCCUCUUUCACCAAGUUUGAGCUGGAGGGGAAAUCAGCUACCUCACUGCUGCAACACCUGUGCGCUAAUGACAUGGAUGUUCCCAUAGGCGCGGUGGUGCAUACUGGUAUGCUCAACGAGAGAGGUGGCUAUGAGAAUGACUGCAGUGUGGCUCGUCUGGAUGAAGACAGGUAUUUCCUGAUAUGUCCCACCAUCCAGCAAGUCAAGGGAUAUCACUGGAUUGCCAGACACCUUCCUAAAGAUGGCUCGGUCAAGCUACAGGAUGUGACCAGUCAGUACACCGGUCUGAAUGUCCUAGGACCAAAGGCCAGAGAUGUCCUACAGAAGUUGACCAGCACACCGCUGAGUGCGGCCAGCUUCAAGCCGUUCUGUCACAAGGAAAUCAAUUUGGGUUUCACCACUGGAAUUCAUGCCAUGACCAUAACGCAUGCUGGCGAGGAUGGAAUGUUGCUCUACAUUCCCAAUGAGGGUGCUGUGCACGUCUAUGACAUGCUGAUGAAAGCUGGCCGUGACUACGGUAUACGGCCCGCGGGCUAUCAUGCACUGCGAUGGCUUAGGAUAGAGAAAUGCUACGCCUACUGGGGAGUAGACUUCAACAACGAGCACACACCGUUUGAAAUCGGCCGAGAAAUGAGAGUGAAAUUCAACAAGGGAAUAGAGUUCAUAGGUCAAUCGGCGUUGCUAAGACAACAAGAAGAGGGCAUCCAUCGCCGACUGACGGCCUUCAUCUUAGAGGACCACAAAGUGGACCGUGACCUGUGGUGUUGGGGUGGGGAACCCAUCUACCGCAACGGUCAGCCGGCCGGAAUGACCACGUCCAGCAGCUUUAGCCCCACCCUGGGAUCCAUGCUGUGUCUAGGCUGGCUGAGCAAUACCGACCGUCAGACGGGCCAGACCCACGAGGUCACUCACGACUACGUGACCAAGGCCAAGUACGAGAUUGACGUUGCUGGCCACAUGUUCCCAGCCAAGGCCAACCUCUACCCACCUAAACUGGUCACCAAGCAGCCACUCCACGGUUGAACUUGGCUGAAGUGGCACACUGUCCUGUGUCCAAAAUGGGGUGUGUUGGAGGGUUGGGAAAUAUGCUUCAGGAAGGGACCAAAAAUAGUGUAUUUUUACAAACCGUUGACAUCUGUUUUGUGGGCACUCACUUCAUGCUCAAACAUAUUGGUAGUGUAAUUAUGGAAAUUAGGUGCUGAUCUAUAGCCAUUACGGCAGCUAUGAUAUUCUUCCUAUUUGUAAUCGGAUUUCAGAUUUUUUUCCCUUCUUUUAGUUCAUAUUAUUUCAUCCAUUUUUAAUAUUUUGUAUUGUAUUCAGUAUAUUUCUUAAAGAUGUGCCGGAAACUGUUUCCCUUUUUUGUCCAUCCGGGUCAAAUAAUCAAGCCCGUCAAGAGGGCAAAUUCAUUGUGGGAACACAAUUCCCUCCCCCUCGAGUUGGUUGUGAGUUUCCUAACAAAAGAAAUUGUCACCGCAGCCUACCUCCAUUACUUUCUCUCAUUUUUUUCCAGUUCGACAACUCAUCCAAGCUGGAUUUUUUCCAAGGAAGAUUUCCUGCACUGUUCCUCUUUAUUUAGCCACAAUAAGCCUAUACUCAAAAUGCUUUGGAAACAUUUUUUUUCUUGAUCAGGGAAUCACUUUGUGGGCCUCUUCCAACCCUACCUUAUUUCAGAUUUUCUUUGUUCGGAGGUCCGCAAGGGGUAUGUAAGGCUAGCACACGCGCACUGAUGAACAAGGCAGAAACGCAAUGCCCAUUCGAAGUUGCCCGCCUGGCCUGAAAAAAAAAUCUCAUCUGAAAAAUAAAAGAGGAGUUUUAUAAAAAAAAAGCGUUUUAUCCCCCUUUAACUUGGUGUGCUGCGAGACCGAAGUCUAUGAAAGUUCCUUCCUCAUCUCUGAAUUAGUUUGCUGGAGUUCGUUUGCUUUCUUAACGGGAAUAUGCAUAUAUUAUUUGUUCACUCCUAACCCCAUGGUGUAAGAUGGGUAUGUUCCACAACUGCUGGCCAUCUGCCUUGUGCCCAGGCUGCUGAGGGCGCUAGUAUCGUGAUCGUGAUCAGUAUACUGCACAAAUCGCCCCAGAUAUGGCUGUUAACGUGCAGUCCCUCAUGCAUUGCCCCCCAUUGUCUAAAUUUUAUCUAACGUUACCUUGAACGUUUUCACAUCUGGUGCUGAUUUGAUUGCAGGUGGCAAGGCAUUCUACUCAUGAAUAGUACGAGGAUACAGUGACUUCUUGUAGCAGUCUUUAUUAGUUUGGGGGAUGUUAUAAUUCAAAGUAUGAGUUGCACGUUUAGUCCUUUUACAUUGGUUAGUGAGAAGAUGACUAUUAUUUUGUCGGGUAAGCCUGUGAGUUUCUUUGUGAAUGGUGGUCAAUCUUGCCUUCCGUCUUCGUAAUUCCGGGGUUUCCCAGAGUUCUGAAAUCAUAUCUGUGACACUGCUCGUUCUUGUGUUGUCGUUUUUGACGAAUCUAGUAGCGCGUCUUUGCACUUUUUUCCAGGCAAUCUAUACGUUUACUUUGACGAGGAUCCCAAAUUGAGGUCGCGUAUUCUAACGUUGGUCUAACCAGCGUCUUGUAGGCUGCAUCUUUUACUCGGGGCUUGCAGUUCCAAAAGUUUCUUUUAAUCAGUCCCAGUAUUUUGUUGGCAGUACUGGCCGUGUGAGUAAUGUGCUUUGCCCAUGUCACGUCAUGAGUCAACCCAUCUCCCAAAUAUGUACGGUGGUCAAUGAGGUGCUCAGGCUGAUAUUGUAGAGGAUUCCUCUUGUGACUUACAGACAUGGUGAAACAUUUGGACGUACAUGUAUUGAAUGUCAUUUGCCAUACAGACUUCCAAGUGCACAGGGAAUUGAUGUCCUCCUGAAGAGCAUGGCAAUCCUUUUAUGUUUUUAUUCGUCGAUAUAGAACUAAAUCAUCAGCAAACAGCCAUAUAUUCGAUGUGAAUGUAACUGGUAAAUCAUUGAUAUAUGCAUGGAACUGGCCCAAGGACAGUUCCCUGUGGAACUCCAGAAGCUACACGAGAGCUUUCUGAUUAUUCUCCAUCGAUGAUAACACUUUGGUGUCUAUCUGUGAGAAAAAUUUCUAUCCGUUGCGUCUGAUGCCAACUGUCUAAGCUUACCUAGUAGACGUCGAAGGGGAAAAGUUCAAAACUCAAAAGCUGUGCUGGACUCCAUCAUACAAAGAUGAAUCUGACCUUGGUUGUCAAGUGUUUGAUACAAAUCGUUGGUGAGACCUGCAAUUUGAGUUUCACAUGAUGAUCUACGCCUGAAGCCAUGUUGUUUAUCCGAUAGUAAGAAAUGUGUAUCAAAGUGAGCCAUAAUGUUGCUAACAAUGAUGUGCUCCCGUUGCUUACAUAAUGUAGUGGUCAUGGAAACAGGACUACAAUUGGAUGGGACGGAUCUGUAACCUUUUUUGAACACAGGUGUGACAUUCGCAUUUCGCCAAUCUUGUGGUAAUAUACCCAUUGACAGAGACUUUAAAAAACUUUCUGAAGAAUUGGUGCUAUUGCUGUAGAAUGUUCCUUCGGGAUCUUUGCUGGGAUGUAGUCAGGACCUGUAGCUUCGUUCACAUUCAUUUUUUUUAGGAGUUCUUCAAUGCCUGCAGUAGUAAUUUGGAUAUCUGGCAUAUCUGGAACCGUGUUAUUUAGAGUCAGCAAAUUUUGUGUGUUUUCAUUCGUGAAAACUGAACAGAAAGGUUUAUUCGGGACCUCCGCCUUUUCUUUGGCACGUGAUAUCUUGUGCCUCAUUACCUGUAAAGGGCUGACACCAAAUACCUCGCGGCGGAUGGAUUUGACAUAACAACAGAAUGGUUUUGUGUUGUCGCUUGGGAGACUAUCCCCGAUAUUAUGGAUGUAUAUCUUUGAUGAAGUUUUCUCAGCUCUCAUUUUGCCGUCUCAUUUCUUCGAAUUUAUCCCCGUUCUCAAAAGAGCCCGAGCAUUUAGCUCUAUCAUACAACCUUUUUUUUUUUUUUUUUUUUUUUUUUUGCAUUUCUUUCUCAUCCUGUUGGUCAUUCAUGGCAACUUAACUUUACAGUUGCUCGUCUUUGGUGGAACAUGAGCAUCUGUAGAUUUCGGCAAAACACUUGUUAAAUCAGACCAAAUAUUGUCUAUGUCCUCCUUGUUGAUGUAAUCGUUUUUAAGUAGAGAGUGAAAGGUAUCCAGGUCAUAUAUUUGCAUAGAUGAAGAUUUUUUGUUUUGGGUUUGUGAUCCAUUUAGGCUGGACGGAUGCUGUGACAAUGACAAUAUUGUGAUCACUGAUACCAGCAGACACUGAUUUUACAAAUGACGGGUCAUUGGUUCAUAAAUCAAGAAUGUUACUACCCCUGGUAGGCUGUAGCACAACUUGUUGGAGGUUAUGAUCCUGUGCUAUAUCCACCAUGAGUUUGCUUGGCCCAUGGUAUCUUCCGCUUGGUUUGCAGCUUGUUUGGUCCCAAGAUAAACCUGGUACAUUGAAAUCCCCCAGAAACCAGAUUGAGGCUUUUUUUAAAGGAAUUUUGUGCAGUAAAUCAUCCAAAAGUUUCAUGUACUCGUUAUCAAUCUUUUGAGAGCGAUAAAAGGCACCUUUGUAGACUGGAGCUAUACCUUCUACCUGUAUGCUGACCCAUGAUUCUACCUCCAUGAUUGUACAGUCAGGUUGAUCAAGGUGACCUCCGUCUUGCGCAAUCAAAGUUUUGUUGACAGCGAUGAAGACUCCUCCAUGGGGCCCACCAUUGUGAUCUUUACUAAAGACUUGGAAACUUGAAGGAAACUUGAUGGAAAAAUUUCCCUUGUGGUCAGUUUGGAGUUUAACCGUGAUUCAGUCUCCACAAUGACAUCAGGUGUAUGUUUAUCAACUAAACCCAGAAAACUAGACAACCUAGCACGCACACUUUGGCAAUUACAUGUACAUGUAAUAAUAAUUUUGAGAGGGCGCUUUAUCUCGGCAUCUGGCUUUAUACGGGACCUGCCUGAAGUCUUAGCUUCUUUGCGGCGUGUUGGACUAGAUGAUCUAACUGGAGCUCCCAUUGCUAUUGCCGCUCAUGUUUUUUUCAUUUUGUACCAUCUCAUUUGUGUAGUGCUUUUGUCCCAGUUAAUCAGCUGUUAAUCAGUGCUGGUCAAACCCAAGGACAAAUAGCAAUCCAUGGGUACCAGUUACUGAUGUCAGUACAUGUAUACAAAACACAGCACCACAGCCGAUUAGGUGUGUUAACUGUGUCUCACAAUUGUUUCUCUGUACUUUGUGCAAUUUUCUGUCAAGAAACUUCUUGAAAUAUGUCCGAUAUUGAUAAUAUUGAGUUCUCACUUUUGUUAAUAAUGGCAGGGAAUUGCAGAAAUGCCCCAGUUAGUGCUAUUUUUCUAAGAUAACAGAAAAAGAAAAGACUGGAAUCAGGCUAGAAGAAACUACUCAUCAUAUUUUUAAUCUGUUAAUAAUUAAACACACAAUUAAAUAAGGUGUUCAGGGCCUAAUAGUAUGUGUGUAGAUUUGCACAAUUUGAUUGUAAUGUUUAUAAAAUUGUAGAUUGCACAAUAUCUCCAUUGCACCUCAUAAUCAUUGCUGAUAUAAUUCAUUAAUAACUUGUUCUCGGCAGAAUACAACCUUUAAGCCAUCUAUUAAUUUACGUAGUUCUGUUUCACUUUGCACUCCUCUCUUCUAUUUUGUCACUGCUCACUGGAUGAGCGUACAUAUUUCUAUCUUACAUGUCUCACUUUAUCCCCCAUCUUAUAUUUCCAAUCUGCUCCAAGCAGAAGCACCCCCCCCAUUGCUUGAAAAGAGCCGUGUAGGUCGGGGUGUUUACUUUGUUGGUAGCGACGCGACCGCAACACGUGCAUUUCAAAGUCGUUCGGCCAGCGAAGUUUCCUUUCGACCAAAGGAGCCUCCCUUGCUAGGAAAAUCGGGCCUUCUCUUAGUCCAUAUGGAGGCUCAUUGGCUCCAACAGUUCUCCUCUUUUUUCCUUCGACAUAGAGUGUUGCUAGGAUCAAGACGUCAUGCCCGCUAACCGUUUUAGAGCUUCAAAAUUUGAUAUAGGUUUUUUCACACGCCAAGUUGUCAGUUUCGAUCACUGCAAUUUUUUUACCAUUUCAAUAUAUUGCUUUUAUUACCAGUGGUAUCACUAGUAUGAAUGCAUCGGCCGAGUGUGCAAACUUUUUUUUUCACACGGGGUUGCUGACAGCAAUUGAUUAAACUGUGACUUCUACAUAGCCUUGUACACACAUGCUCUUGAUACUGGCAAUUUAUCUCUAAAACAAAGUACUGUUUUAACUUUUUGUCCGUAUUCGAGAGAAUCGUAAAUGUUAUAUACCUAUUUUAAUCAAUUGUGUAAUUUUUUUUCAAGGAAUUGAAAUCGGUACCGCCAUUUGGUUGGCAUGGAAGAUGAGGAUUGUUUUACAAAUGAAAAAAAAAUCGGACAGUCCGUUCCAUUAAUGCUGUGCAUUAUAUUUUUGAAAAUGCCGUGCACGCAUCAUUAUGUAGGCCUAUAUUUCAAACAUCCAACUCUAUUUGUUCAUUAGAAGGGCAGGUUUUUGUGACAAAGUUAACUGACCAUCAAGUCGUAUCCAUAUGUUACGGAAGCGUACAGAAGCGUUUAAGUACGGAAGCAUAGAAGAGUCACUUGCAGAAAAGUUUUUUUAGUUACUAGAUAGCUCAAGUUAAAUCAUUGAAUGAGCAUCUCGCCGCGAUGAGUUAUACAGUCUUGCCGCAGCGAAUGUCAUAAGUUCUAUUCAGCGUGACAAUUUCAAAUGUAUCUUUAAGGUGAAAUGCAGUGAGUGAGAGCUGGUUUCAGAUUGCUUCUGGGGAUGUUACAUUUCAACACGGCCUGUUUUCCAACCCAAAAGAAAGGAAAUCUUAUUUUGGGGUGUGAAUUUCCACAUUCAGAUGAGAGGUAGACUGUUUUUAAUUCCUUCUUACAUUUUCAUAGUGCCAAAUAGAAGCAAGCGGACUUGAAAGUUACAUUUGAAAUUUCCUUAGUCGAAAUUUAUUAAUUUUUAGUACUUAAACGGGAACGGGAAACGGGAUUAGCGGGUUGUGUAACUUCAGCGUGUGCACUGUUGUAUGAAGGUGUUGGAUCUCGUGGCGGUGCGGGGUUGUGGAAUUGGCGGGAAACCUUGGGUUCGGGUAUAGGAUACCCUGAUGCCAAGGGAGGGGGUGGCUUCGUGUAGAGAAGACCCUAACGCCUGGAGUGGGUGGAAUGGGUUUCGGGUAUAGGGGACCCUACUGCCCGGGAGUGAGUAGGUUUUUGCCCAGUUAAUGGUGAGGCCGAUUGGUGAAGCCGUUCCACGGAGAGCACGCUGAGGGCCUCAGCGAUAGUAUCUGAGGGCUCUACAUAGAUUACCACGUCAUAGCACGAGUCAGUCACUUGGACAUGGUAGUUGACACCAAGGUUUGGACACCGCUCCAGAGACUGCUGAGCCAGUAAUCCACACCAACAUUGAACAGGUUUGGGGAGGCCACACAUCCCUGUCGCACACCGGAGGUGGUGGAAAACGGGUCUGAUAGAGCUCUCUCGGCCCUGACUCUGCACGUGGUAUUUGACUACAGAGCCUGGAUAAGCCCGAUACAUUUUGGAGGGACUCCAAUUCCCUGCAUCAGGAGCCAGAGAGCGUCUCAGUCAAGCGAAUCGAACGCAGCCUUCAGACCUAUAUGUAGGCUGCUGGAAGGGGACGCUGAAAUUCCCUUCAUUGCCCUGCCAGGACUCGCAGGGCUAAGAAACUAUUGGUAGUGGAUCUACAUGGGGGUGAAUCCUCCUUUCUGGGGUAGCCGCCUGGACAGAAGGAGAGGCCGGAUUCACUGAAGGAUUAGAGAGGAGACUAUACCUUUGUGGGAAUGGAGAGGAGUGUAAUUGGGCGAUAGUUAGCCGGACCCCUGACGUCUCCUUUGUUCAAAUAGAGGGAUACUAUAAAUUCCUUCCCUCCAUUCAGGUGGAAAGGCUCCGAUUCCCAGAUUCUACCACAGAGGUUGGUCAGCCUGGGUGCCACUGUGUCCAAGGAGGCCUUCAGCAUCUUGGUAUUGAUUCCGCCUGCACUUGCAGCCCGACCGGAAGUCGGCUUUUUUAUGGCCUUCUUGACUUCGAAUGUAGAGGGUGGAUUCAAUGACACAGUCUCAUCUGGGGAGCCUGAGCUGGCGAAGUCUUGGAGGCCGAGGGAUGGUGGAGGGGGAGGCUUGUUCAGGGCAGUAGAGUAGUGCUCGCACCAGCGGGUUGAUUUCGCAGACGCCUUAGUCAAGAUGGAGCCAUCCGAUCCCUCGCAGAGGAUAGGACCGGUGUGGCGUCGUUGAUACGAUGAGUAGAGUUCCUUUAUCCGCUUCUAUAAAGAACGCAUGUUGCCAUGGUGGAUCGCAUCCUCAGCAGAGCUGGCUAUCUCCUCAAGCCAUUGUGAGCGAUCUUCUCGCAGCUUCCUACGACACUGUCUAGCAGCAUCUCGGUGUGCCUUUCUGUCGCCCGUUAGUCUGAUUUUACGGCAGCGUUCUACCUGGUUCAGUGUACCUGCAGUGAUCCACGGUUGGUUCUUUUUGCGACGAUUCCCAAGAGCAGUCAUUGCUGCUGAGACCAAUGUGGAGAAGAGUUGAGUCCAAGCCUUGUCCAUGGAUGUUGGCUCAUGGAGAGCAUCAAACCUGUUUUGACUUCAGUGGCAUACUGCUUCGCAUAUGCUGGUAUGUGUAACUUGUCGUCGUCAGGGUGCUGUCGCAGGUGGGGUGUUGUCCGAGGCCGACAGCGAAGAUGCAGUUUCAACAUGGCGGCGACAAGACGAUGGUUUGUGUGACCCAGUCCUGCACUAUAUACGGAAUGCUUGGCAAUCUGUAAUGACUUGCCAUCGACCAGUGAUUAAAAUAUGGUCGAUGGUCUUGGACACAGUGCAAAAUCCAGAUAGCGUCGGUGCCGAUGUCUUGGCGAGUCCGAAGAGGUGGCGGUCCCACGGAGAAUAAGGGGUGUCGAGAAGCUGGCCCGGUGGAGAGGCGAAUUGGGUUGGCUCCCAAAAUAGUCACCUGCGGAAUCGUACUCUGUAUCGACAGAGCACGUGGCAAGAUGGUGCGAGUACAGAAAGUCAAUAAAUGUGUAUAAGGAGUCGGCUCUUGUUCCUAGCUGAACAACAGAAAGUGCAAGGAGAACUCUGGGAUGGUACUCGCACUUAAGUCUUCUUCGCUUGUCUUUUUUACUUCUUUUUUUACUUUUAUUUUUACAUUUAUCUUUUGAUUUUUCAGUUAUUAUAU